GAAGGUCAAGCUUUGGGGGCGGGGCCGGCGCGGACCUGGGAGCGGGCGCAGGCAUUCGAGGGCCAUGGAUGGGCUCGGCCGCCGCCUGCGAGCCAGCCUGAGACUGAAGCGCAGCCAUGGGGGACCUUCACAGAACAAUUCUGGGGAAGCUGUAACAGAACCAGAAAGGAUCCAGGACCAGUCUCUACACAGUUUUACUGGGAGCCAGCACUUCUUUGAGUACCUCCUUGUUGUUUCUUUAAAGAAAAAGUAUUCAGGAGAUGGCUACGGGCCCACAAUCACCUACCAGUUUCCCAAGCGGGAGAACCUGCUCCGGGGUCAGCAGGAGGAGGAGGAGAGACUUCUCAAAGCCAUCCCUUUGUUCUGCUUUCCAGAUGGGAAUGAGUGGGCACCACACACUGAAUAUCCCAGGGAGACCUUCUCAUUCGUCCUGACCAAUGUGGAUGGGAGCAGAAAGAUUGGAUACUGCAGGCGCCUCUUGCCCGCCGGCCCUGGCCCUCGUCUUCCCAUAGUAUACUGCAUCAUCAGCUGCAUCGGCUGCUUUGGCUUGUUCUCCAAGAUCCUGGAUGAAGUAGAGAAGAGACAUCAGAUCUCUGUGGCUGUCAUCUACCCAUUCAUGCAAGGCCUCCGAGAAGCAGCCUUCCCUGCGCCUGGAAAGACUGUGACCCUUAAGAGCUUCAUCCCUGACUCAGGCACAGAGUUCAUCUCACUGACACGGCCCCUGGACUCCCACCUUGAACAUGUGGAUUUUAGCACCCUGUUGCGCUGUCUCCAAUUUGAACAGAUUAUUCAGAUCUUUGCCUCUGCAGUGCUGGAAAGAAAAAUUAUCUUCCUAGCAGAAGAUCUCAGCACACUGUCUCAGUGUAUACAUGCUGCAGCCGCCCUGCUCUACCCCUUCAGCUGGGCACACACCUACAUCCCUGUUGUCCCUGAAAGCCUUCUGGCCACCGUCUGCUGCCCCACCCCUUUUAUGGUUGGAGUCCAAAUGCGCUUCCAGCAGGAGGUUAUGGACAGCCCCAUGGAAGAGGUCCUGUUGGUGAAUCUUUGCAAAGGAACUUUCUUAUUGUCGGUUGGUGAUGAAAAAGAUAUCCUACCACCAAAACUUCAGGAUAACAUCUUACAUUCACUUGGUCCGGGGAUCGAUGAGUUAAACACUUCAGAACAAAUCAACGAGCAUGUUUCAGGUCCCUUUGUGCAGUUUUUUGUCAAAACUGUGGGUCACUAUGCUUCCUAUAUCAAACGGGAGGCCAGUGGGCAAGGACACUUCCAAGAACGGUCCUUCUGUAAGGCUCUCACCUCCAAGACCAACCGCCGAUUUGUGAAGAAGUUUGUGAAGACGCAGCUCUUCUCCCUGUUCAUUCAGGAAGCAGAGAAGAGCAGGAAUCCUCCUGCAGGCUAUUUCCAACAAAAAAUACUUGAAUAUGAAGAACAGAAGAAACAGAAGAAAUCAAGGGAAAAGACUGUGAAGUAAAAGCUGUGGUGUGCAGGACUGUCUAGAACUAUAGACCAGUUUGGAAUUUGGGCCCUGCCAGUACGGCAGGAAGUUCUCAGUGAAGUUCUCAGUCUCUGGAAUCCACGGCUUCUUUCUGAGUCCUGGUAACCUGGUCCUACUUCAAACUGGUGUUUGAGUUUGGGAUUGUGGGUGUCAGGACCUCUCAGGACUUUGAGGGCUCUUACCCCCAAUCUCACAGAACUGUACUCAAAGCUAAAUUUUGGCAGAGAUGACACAGUGGGAGACAGUAGUACAGGUGUUGUAGGUACUUGGUUCAAGUUUUUGCAACUCCAUCUCCUGGGAACUACUGUUAUAAAAUCCUCAACAGGGAAAGCUGUUGUGGCCCAAUGGCCCAUGUACAAAAUGGUAGUCUGACAUGUGAGGAUGAGAAUAAAGAUGACAAUCUUGUUUUACGUUUGUCAGUACAGGAAGCAAUGCAUAUGGGAAUAAACGGAACAGGGGAGGACCUGGUCUUGGAAUAGGGUUCAGCAGCUCCAUGUCUAGUAGGAAGGGUAACAGAUCUUGGUCAGAGUAGCUAUAACAUACAGAAACACUGUAUGAGUCAGGUGUGCUCUCCAGAAUCCUGACAGCAGAGGCUGCUUGGGAGGAGGCAGCUGUAGCAUAAGGUAGCUUGAAGGGAGAAAUUCUAGCCAACAGUAGCCCCUGAAGACCAUUCUGGGGCCUUUAUAAACAAACCAGACUGCCCAUAGUCCACCUAGUCCUUGACCUUCAGUCUUAGAUCCAACCUGAACUACUUAUCUGGUAAGUCCAGCUUGAUUUUCUAGCUAAAGGUGAUCCUUCCAUUGACAUUUUUUUCCUUUGGGAGGAAAAAAAAAAUCUUAAGAGUCCAAAGUAUUUAGUGGUCACCUAGGCGCUCCUCUUUCUAGACACCUCCAUUAAACAGUUUCUGUAUAAACACUGCAAGAGAUGGGAAACAUUUUUAGAGACAUCUUGAAUUCUACCUUUAAAUUUUAUUUUAUUUUUUUUAAUGUGGCCUUCAGGUUUCCAAACUUGAUAUAAAGAAUACAAGUGAUACAGAGGGUGUGAUAAGAGGCAGGGGCUGCCAAACUGAAGUUAAAGUGAUGCAAUCUGAUUUGGGGAACCCACAUACCUACUGCAGGUAGUAUUUGUUCCACUGCCCACAUUCCACACCUAACUGCAAUUCUUCACAGCUUCUAAGAAUCAUUACUUUUAGUUUUAUAGAAGUAUUUGCUAAAUCACUUAUACCUUGAAAAGUUUCAGAUCAAGAACCUUAGAAUCCUGUGAAGCUUAUGAAAAUCCAGAUUCUAUCCUUUAAGUUGUCUUUAAAGAUAGGAUCUGGAGCCUGUUGUGGUGUAGCCUGUAAGUCCAGCAUUCAGGAGGCUGAGGCAGGAGAACUGAGAGUUCAAACCAGCCUGAGCUACUGUGGGACCUCAAUCCAGACUGAAAAAUAAAAGCUGGAAAUAUGUUUUCCAAAAGCAGCACAUCUUUGGUUGAUUUUGAUAUUCCACUAGGUAAAUGAACACAAUAAUAAGGGCCAGCUGAGGUUUUCUACAAAGGGACCAUUGAUCUGAUGAUGCUUAUGACCUAGGGCUGAAGGAUGCAUACACUAAUAUACUUGAGUGCUUUCCAGAUUCCCUUUAUGCUGAAAAAGUUUCCAGAAUACAUGUAUUUAUUUCAAUUAAGUCUUCAGCACCUUAGUUUAUAGCUUUGGUAUGAUGUAGAAAACAUUGGCUAGACUUCAGAUCUAUACCUACAUUCCAUUCUGGAGUACAGCAAUACUGUUUGAUAACUGGUAUGCUACUUCUCCUGUCCAGCCUUAGCAAUGAACACCCGCUGUGUCUGCUGAAAUAACAAAACAACAGAUAUAAUUUACUAAAGGGGGUUAUCUGUUCUGUUUUUCUGCUUUGUUCUUGAUCUUUUAUAUCCUUCCCCCCCGCCCCCUCUUUUUCCUGAGAGACUCUCACAUAUCCCAGGUUGGCCUCAAGCUUACUAGGUCAUCAAAGACAACCCUGAACUUCUUGUUCUCUUUCAAGCACUGGGAUUCCUGAUUUUAAAUGAGUCAUGGGGUAUGUGAGUGCUGGGGAUCAAACCAGGGAUGCAGGUCACGUUAAAGUAAUCACCCCAUCAACUGAGCUAUAUGCUCAGCCCCAAAAGAAUAUAUACAAACUCAUUUUGAUGCGGGAAUUGAAACUGUAACCUUGGGUAUGCUAGACAAGUGAGUCAUAUCUCUAGUCUCUAUCUCAAAUGGUAAAACUGCUAGCAAACAAAGUCAGACAUACUCACCUGCUACAGGUUAGCAAUGACAUUAAAAGGAUAACUGUCAUUGUUGAUACAGAUCUACAAUGAAAUGAUCGUUAAAAGUUUGAGAAAGCAUGGUUCUGGCUGUCUGACACGGCAUUACAACCACUGUUUAUUCCUGAUUAUAGAAUAAGGUAUAAAUACAAUUUAAUUGUAAGGUACCUAAUUUUGCCCUUAAGCAUUUUUGUUGUGAUCCUCUUUAUAUUACAGCAACAGAACAUCUGUAUGCAAUGGAAACAGAUGUAAUUCACAAAGAACAUUUAGCUCCUAUUUCAAACUAUAGUAUCAGUAUUGAAAAGGAGAGUGCCAGCAAAGGAGUGACUGCCCCCCACACAGAUCCAGGCAAGAACGGAAAAUGUGGGGGAAAGAUCUCAGCUUCCAAAGACAGAUAAUGACAAGGGGAAUGACUGCCACACAAAGAACCCACAAAAGGGAAAAUGAACACAGCUCCACUUUUUAAAGGGUCCAGUAGUUUCUGUAAGAUAGGAACGUCACAGGCAUAUCAUGAUAACACAGUUGAUCGAAUUUCCUUAUUUAUUAAAAAUCAGGAAUAAAUUUUGCUUAAAUUGUAAAAAAUGACAUUUAAGAUGUAGUUUAUCUUUCCUCUAAAUAAAACUGAGAAAAAGGCUGGCUUUUAGAUCAUAUAUUUAUUUAAAAAAAUAAAAUGGAUUGACAAAGUUACCACAUUAUUCUGCAUGCUAACAGGAUUUCCCAAGCCUGUGAGAAACACCAUUUCUUGAUCAAUAAUAAAAUCACUUCCUCAACAAUGUAGAGACAUGAAACCUUUCCACCCAAAUUUAAAGUCUUUAUCACCACUUUCACCUCACAAGCUAGUGGGAUGUAUCUGUCACAAGCUGAGCUCCUUGUGAAAGAAAGUUUGAGAAGACAAACAAGGAUGUUACUAAAAGAUGAUGAUUUGUUAAAACUAUAAAGCAACCAUCUUUUGGCCUGCAAAUAUUUUACACCAGAAAUCACCACGGCUGGGGAUGUGCUCCUCUGACAGUCUUACUCUGAAUCCAGGAUAAUCACAAACACAUGGCAUUUUUUCCCUGCAUGCUUUCUUGGGCCAAACCCUGUUUGACAUGUUCCGUUUACAGGAU